AUGGAUUCUACAGAUGGUAAAAACAUAGGAUUUGUUAAAAGACAGGAAUUGAUUAGUGAAAGUAAGGAAAUAGAAAUGAUUGGUCAUCUUCACGGUGACAUUUUUAACCAAGAUAAAUUUUUAGUUAAUGGUGUUGAAAUGAGUGUUAAAUUGGUUCGAUCAAGAGAGAGUUUUAAUUUAAUUGUUGGAUCAAACGAUGUAAAGUUUAAAGUUUGUAUUACGGACGCAACUCUUAUUGUUCGACGAGCACGAAUUAAUCCAAGUGUAUUACUCGCACAUCAAAAAGUUUUAGCUUCUACCACUGCUAAAUAUCCUAUUACUCGAGCUGAAGUAAAAGUUUUAACAAUUCCUUCGGGUGUUCAAGGAAAAACUCUUGAUAAUAUAUUUUUAGGACAGGUACCGAAAAGAUGUAUAAUUGGAUUUGUGAACAAUUCUGCAUUUAAUGGUUCCCUUACUAAAAAUCCAUUUAACUUUGAAAACUAUGGUAUUAAUUCUUUCAGCUUAUAUAUUGAUGGUCAACAAAUACCUUCAAAAGCUUUGCAACCAUCUUUUAAUAAUAGCAUAUUUACAUCAGCAUAUCAUACUCUAUUCUCGGGAACUGGUAUUCACUUUCUUAAUGAAGGAAAUGGAAUCUCUUGUGAACAGUAUGGCAAAGGUUACUGUCUAUUAGCAUUUGACUUAACUCCUGAUUUAUCAGCUAACUCAUCAACUCAUUGGAAUCUCAUAAAGCAUGGUAGUGUAAGAAUAGAAGUACGAUUUGAAUCCUCAUUAAUACAAACAAUUAACUGUAUAGUUUAUGCUGAGUUUGAUAAUAUUAUUGAGAUAGAUAAAAACAGAAAUGUUACUGUAGACUAUAGUAGUUAA